AUGUCUUUCUUCUUUGCUUUUUUCUUCUUUUCUUUCUCUUCCUUCUCUUCAUCUCAGUUUAUUGUUCUACCUAUUCUAUUAUCAUUAUCGCUUUUUUCCAACAUCAUCUCUCCCUUUUCUGUUCCUUUUUCUUUCUUUCUUUUUUUCUGUUUCUUUUUCUUCUUUUUCCUCUUCGUUUUUCUCCCAAAAUCGCUGUUGUUACAGCGUCUUUAUCUUCUUGUAUCUUUCCUGUCGCUUCUUUAUCGCUUCCGUUUCUUUUUCUCCUUUGUUUUCUUUUGGAUUUCUUUUUCAUUUUUUCCAUCUUCAUCAUUUCCUUUGACUUAUAAUUGUUGUGCUUUUUAUCAUCGUUUUCUUUUUGAUUGUUUUUUCUUCUCUUUCUUUUCGAAUUCUUAUUUUUUUUUCUUCUUGAUAUUUUUUUUCUACUUCUUAUUUCUUUCACUAUCAUCAUUCCUUUUCAGUUGCUUUUUCAUCUCUUUCUUUUUCUGGUCUAUUUCGUCAACUCUUUUUUUUUCUUUGUUUCUUUCUUCUUCUUCUUCUUCUUCUUCUUCUUCUUCUUCUUCUUCUUCUUCUUUCAUUUCUUCUUCUUCUUUUUAUUAA